GGUUUGUCGCUCGUGCUGCGGUCGCGAAAAUAGUGAACCUUUUUCGUGAAAAACUCCGUGCAAAGUGCCAGCAAACGGUGCGUGCGUGCUUGCGAUGAAAUCUGUUCGGUGUGAUUACAGCACCAGCCAGAUUUAGUUUGAUCGAAAAAUAGGAGCCGCCUAAAAGUGUUUGAAAUGAGUGUUUGAAUCGCAUUUUCGUCUGCAUUUACGACGGACUCCGGUGGAGCGGAACACCGGACGAACUAAACGUGAAAGUGUAGCGGAUCGUGAAGAAAAUGGGCAAACGAAAUGCGGCCGCCGCCAUCGUGGACGCGGAUCGUUUGCAACAGUUCGAAACGCCGCCGAAGCGAGCGAAACAUGCUGCGUCGGUCACGGCCAUCGUCGCUGCUCCGGCUCCGGUUCCGGUUCAGGUGGCCACUCCCGUCGCUCAACCUGCACCUGUCGGCCCUACCAUCGCGGCCUCCAGCUACUCGCCGAACGUCAGCGCCAGCGAGUUUACGUUGAGCAAAGAGUUCGUCGACGGAACGUUGUUGAUGGACCUGGCGCUGAAGCAGUGGCGCAUCGGUAAACCGAUUGGCAAGGGCAGUUUCGGUGAGAUCUUCCUCGCCUCGGACGACAUCGAUCACCCCGUGACGAGCGACAACGCGGAGUACGUGGUCAAGAUCGAGCCCCACUCGAACGGGCCGCUGUUCGUCGAGAUUCACUGUCUGCUGAACACCGCCAAACGAUCCGAAACCUGCAUCAUUCCGCCUGGGAUGCCCGAAUAUAUCGCUUCCGGUUCACACAUGUUUAAGAACGAGCGGUACCGGUUUCUGAUUCUGAAGCGCUACAAGCGCGAUCUUCACUCGCUCAUCAAGAACAAGCGGGUCGACCCGAAGAGCAUUCCUGUGAUCGCCUGCCAGAUACUGGACGUGCUGGAGCAUCUGCACGACCAGGGCUACGUACAUUCGGACAUAAAGGCGGAAAACCUGAUGAUCGGUACGGUGGUCAACCGCAAGGUGACGUCCCCUGGCAAUGGACAGCCGCAGACGCCAAAAAAUGGCGGCUAUAAUCAUCACCACUCUCGUCAGAACGGAUAUACGAGUUCAGCCGGGGAUGGUGGCGCCAAAUCGAUCAACGGUGUGCCCCCGAUGUGCAAUGGAACGAUGGAAGGAGGAGGGAUAAUGGAAGAGGGCAUCGGACGUUCGCGUAAUCUACGACCGCUGAAAACGGUCACGUAUCGUGAUUUGAGCGACGAUGACGAUCGCACAGGUGGUGGUACAGCGGCAACCCGCGUAUCCCGGCGUGGUCGGCGCCGCAAGAAGGAUGAAGAUGCCGCCUUCACCUACACGAUCUCACCGCGCCGUGCAGCGGCAAACGGUUACUACGAGGAGCUCAAAGCGGCCACCGAGGAAGCGCACUGGAACGAACUGCACCAGCACAAGCAGCAGAACCGGGCGGCAGCGAAAGCGGCCGCAGCAGCUACGGCAGCCCUCCCGCCCGCCGAAGAUCGUAUCCAUCUGAUUGACUUUGGGUUGGCAUCGAAGUUUAUGGACUCGAGCGGUCAGCACCGUCCGUUCUGUAUGGAUCAGCGGCGAGCGCACGAUGGUACGCUCGAGUUUACGUCCCGUGAUGCGCACAUGGGUGCACACGUGCGCCGUAGCGAUCUCGAGUGUCUCGGCUACAAUCUCGUGUACUGGAGCCGCGGAUUUCUACCGUGGAAAGAUGAGAAGCUGCUCAACCAACCGGAGCAGGUGCACCGCAUGAAGGAGUACUUUAUGGCGGAUGUACGCGAAAUGCUACGGCUCGUGUACGGUGACGAUUGCCCGGCGUAUCUCGGUGAAUUCAUGGCCUAUGUCGGCCAGCUAACGUACGAUGCCCGACCCGACUACAACCACUGCCGGGCACUGUUCGUGAAGGAGCUACGGCGGCUGUCCGGUGGUUCGGUGGUCACGAUUCCGCUACGCUUAGACGUAGACGCGAUCGAGCGGCUGAGCGAACCGUUAACGCCGCAGGAUGAGGCGGAAGUGACGAACAAAAUUAAUCACGUUAAAUCGCUGAUGAAGCUGGGCGGUGCCUUGUUUCCUUAUCGCGAAAGUACGCUACACAGUAAGGCUACCUCGCCGAAGAAUCUGCGCUCGAAGCGUAGCGAUGUGGUGAGAAAUUCGUUGGCGAUCGGUGGUACACCUGGUUCCGCAGCACCAUUACAAUCGGGAACUGCGAGUUUAGUGAAUGGCGUUGGUGCCCCGGGUGGUGCGAUGACCCCGCACAUUCCCAAUACACGGAAACGUGACAAGAAGCACAGCUGUGAGGAAAUUUUUGCCACCGACGCCGAUCAAAUAGCGCGCGAGCGGGUCGAGAAGGAAUUCGAGCGAGCGGAACAGAUCGCCGAGGAGCAAGCGGUGGUGCGGUACACGGGCAAACCGACAUACGCCAUCCAGGAGCUGGAACGUAAGCUACGCAACGGUGGUCACAGUACCGGUGGUAGCGGGUGUACUGGUGCAACGGAUUACACGGAGAGCGAAGGGUACAUCAAGGGUUACACCAAACCCAUGAUGGACAUUCUGCGCAAGCGCCAGUCACAGCUGUUCCGCGAUCUCGAGGAGGAACGGCGAAAAUCGGGUGAUAAGGAGGAAGAGGUGAAUCAAGCGACGAAAGAGGAGGAGGAGGAGGAGGAAGAGGAUGACGAAGUGGAAGGCGAUCAUGAAAGUGAGGACGAGGAGGAGGAGGAAACGAACGCAGCCAAUGAGGAUGACGAUGAGGAGCAAGAAGACGAAGAGGAAGAGGAGGAGGAAGACGAAGCUUCUGAAGAAGAGGAGGACGGUUACGAGCAACCCGCGGCCGAAGUCGGUCGUACCAAUCACUACACGAAGGGAGGAUCGUUAUCAGCGCGGGGCAGUAGCAAAGGCAGCAAGAAGGAGGACACUGACAGUGACUUCAUCAACGAUGGUGGCUGUGAAGAGGAGGAGGAAGAGGAGGACGAGGCGGCACAGGACAGCGAGAAUGAGGAUGAAGUGGAAGAAGAGGAGGAAGAUUGCGGUGACGAUGACGACGACGAUGAGCAUGACAGUGACUUCAACGACCAAGAAAGUUCGCUCGAAAGUGAAGAAGAGGAGGAGGAAGUGCGAAUCUCGCGAAAGGGAGCCAAGAAACACGGUGCCCAGAGUAAGGGGAAAGUCAGUGCUGGUGUUGCGGUCGGUGGUGGACGCAGAUCACGCCAGGUGAUCGAAGUCCGUCCGCGAAAGCGUUCGAAGAGUAACGCCAGCAAAGCAUCGAAAGCAUCGAGCAACAGCAAUUUCCAUGACAACGGUAGUAGCAAGCCACGGAAGCGUUCGAACCGUCGGCACGAGGUGGAGCCAGAUGAUGAAGGGCAGGAAUCCACACGGCAGUUCGGUGGUAACCCUGCGCAACCCAAUCCUCAUCAUCACCUGAACAACAACAACAACAGCAAAGCUUACUACGAUGGUGAUGUCGAUGAUUCUUCACAUGACACAGCCCCGGCACCGUCUUCCCGUAGCUAUGCUGGAUCGAUCUCAUCGGACCGGAUGAGCAACCAGUACCACUUUGUGAAGCGCCGUAAAUCGGGUCUCCGGGAACGGAUACGGCCGACGGAUCGGGGUACCGACUAUCAGGACGAUCUGGCGCGCAAACGGAAGGCCGCGAUGCGUAACAAACGACGCCGCGAAUCGGCUGCCGCCCAGCUUGACGAAGCGUCUAUCGAGCGACGACGACAACGGGGCAAAAAGCAGCGCAAGGCGUCAACCCGUGACCGCGUCUCGGUCGGCGAUGAUGAAAGUUCACGCAGCAGCACUCACUCACUCGCAUCAUCGACAGCAUCAUCGUGUUCCGCCCUUUCCUCCUCCACGGGUUCCUCGUCGACGGCUUCCUCUUCGUCGGCAUCGACAAGCUCUUCCUCUCUCGGCUCUUGUGACUCGGUGACGCGCAAAAGACGGCGACGACGGGCACCAACUACCACCGAAAGCUCGCCCCGUGAGGAAACUCGAAGCAGUCGCCGUUCUUCCGUACGCCGGAAGGGACCAUCAUCGACGGUAUCCUCGAGCAACGGUUGGAACCGUUCGGCUACCAACUCACGCUCCUCCUCGGUUUCGGCCUCAAACGCCAGCCACCACUACAGUAGGCACUACUACGAGCCGGAGGUCGGUGAUCUGGCGAGAGCUACUCGGCUUGCCACUCUCCCCGAGGAUGAUGACUUCAUCGAGGACGAUGAUACGCGUGAUGUGGAUUACUCACCAAUUUGCACCCGUGGCAAGCGUAAAACGAAAAAUGCAGCCAGUGGCGGCGGUGCAGAUGGUCAUGGGACGAUGGUGUCUCGCAGAGGGACAACCAAUGGUAGCAGUAUUGCUGGGACUGGUGGAAACGUGCGGAAAAGAAAUGAUUCCAAAGUUGUUGUAUGUUGUCGUCCUUCCACAGCAGGUGGUGGUGGUGGACAUGGUAGAAGCACGACUGACCUAUUACUACCGUCAAACUCCGUUACGUCUUCCGCCUCGUCGAUGGUGGUGUCCACCUUGUGUCCGGCACCCACCAACCACCAUGUACGGAGUGCUACCUCACUCCAGCACGGCUACAGAGAAUCAUCACAAGCGACGAUCGGGCAGCCCGGUGCCGUACCACUCCACCAUCGUGCCCGCCGCUAUCAACACCAUCGGCAAUACCGACAGCAACAGUUGCUGCAGCACCAACAACAGCCGCAGCAUCAGUACUUCUAUGGCGGUGGAGUCCAUCAUCGGCAAGAGGCCGAGCAACCUCAGCGGCAAUCGACGAUGGUAGUACGCACGUAUAGUCGCGGGUAGCGCGGCGGGGUUCGCGUUUCAGUCGUGUAAAUGAUGUAAAUAUUUGAAUCCUCUUUCUCAUUAUCGAUCCACUGGAUCGUAUGUCGUUCAACUGUCUUGUGGACAUGUUAGGAAUGGUGCAUUCCGGUCAUUGUCUCUUCCGGAUUCCGGAGAAGGCAACAUGUCUCUUUUUUAACCUACAUCUUCUCCAUCGAUACAGCUGUUGGAUUCCCUGUUGUCCGUGGUUCGUGGUUGUAUAUGCUCAUUUCUAGCUCCAUUAUCUUCGAUAUCUGCUGAUCGAAGAAGCGGAAGAGGUGUGAACGUUGUGUCGGCUUACAGUGUGUAGUCAAGCUUGUGCGAGGAAGUUAGCUUAAUCCUCCCGGAAUGGUAUCUCGUUCCACGACACGGUGUAGGCAUCUGCCAGGAGAUCGAAAAACAAAAUCUCAUUUUUAUUGGUACCCUCGACGAUUAUUAGAAUUGCAGAUGAUAGUAAAUCGUACGGUAGCAGCAGGCAGAAAAGAAGAACGAAUGAUGUCCAGAGCAGGGCAUUAUCAAAGGGUCUCCAAACCGCUGUGGUAUGAGUUCAGUAUGAAUUCGAGGAAAUGUAUCAGCGUCCAGUGGAGAUGGUUGGCAUAGCUAAUAGCUGCUAUUGUACCCACCUGGUCGGUACGGAUUGAAGUUAUGAAAAAAAGGAUAAACAAACAUGAAAGAAAACUAUGAACUGUGGAUUGAAUGUUCGUGAUGGAGUUAGAAAAUUCUUUAAAAAAUCAUAAGAAAGCGAAAAAUCCUCCUAAGGCAGGAGAGAAAAAAGAUAAUGAGGAGCAAAACAAAAAUAGGAACAGAAAGCAAACGCAAAAAAACGGAGAAACGAAUAGCAUAAUAUGUGUUCCCGUCGAAUAAUAGUCGAAAACGGAGAGAAACAGAUCCCGUGUCCCAUGGGUAUGGGUACAUAAAAAAAAAGCAAACAAUAUGUGAAACACUAUCUGUAUUUGUAGCGGUAAAAUUCCUUCUACUAUUAAACUGAAGCUUACUGAAUGGACUGUAUGUACGUGUUUCUACACAGCGCGGUGCGUUCCGCGGUGGACAGUUCCUCCACUCGACGCGACGCUGUAGGCAUAGGCCUUGAAUCGCAGCAGAGGUAGCGUUAACAAAUAGCUAAAGGAUAGCACCGAGCCGAGCGUAUAGAAUAUACGAUUUGCCAGGUGGAUAAGAAAUCGAAACGAAGCAUAAAAUGGCAGACGGUUAGAAGAUAGCUGGAACUGGAACCGAGCAUCGCGUAUGAUAUGCUGCAAAUUCUACCUACAUACAAAACUCAUACAAUUACAUUCGAUUAGACCGGAGGCACCGCAUUAUCCUUGCUGAGAUGGAAAUGAAAUUAAAUAAUGGAAUAAAGAAAACUAUGUGGAAAAGCC